UAACGAAGUCUUUGUUGUAUGCUUCUUAAAUAUGAGUGUUGACUUUUUAUUCUGGUGGAUAAAAGCAUCACUUCGUUGUUUUGGCGGAUGAGAAACUCGUAAAGCUUUGCUAAAUUUAAUGUUUUCCUACGUGAACCAUUUUAAUUAUUUCGGGUGGAAUGUGAUAUUUUUACGUAAUCGAAUAUGCAUAACGAUCCGUGCUCUUUAUAAAUAAACCAAAAAGUCUCCCUCCCUCUCUCUCAUACUCAAACUCUCCACUACUGCUCACUCUUUUCCUCUCUCUCUAGAUCUGUAGAUUACAAAUACAUUUAUAUACAUUAAGAGGGAGUGUGAUGAAGAUAAGGUAUUGGCGGAGGUCAAGAGGAUACGAAAGGCUAGAUGUCUCGGCAAAGAAGUCGAACUCGGAUCCGACCCGGAAGAGACGGUUUUGGAGGAGGAUCAAGAUAGUGCCGAAGCUGAGGGUCUUGAAAAAGACUACGUCCCCUAAGAAGCUUUUAACGCGGCUUCGAGAUUCUUACGUCAACAUGAUGCUGCGCCUCGCCAGUUCUGGGGCCAUAGGGUCGUCCUACGGGUACGGUGAAUAUGGGUACGGGUCGGGUUUAGCAUCGAGGGAGUAUGAUGAGAAGAAGCUGGUGGAGAUUUACAAAUCCAUGUUGAUGGCGCAGGGGACUCUCGUUCACCGCAAUGUACCUAAACCUUGCUCUGGUUCUAUUGUACUCUCACCGCUUAGUUAAUUACAUAUGUGGAUCGUUGGUGCUAAGCGUUGUGAUUGUAACUAAUCUGUGUUAAAGUUACAUUUCAGAAACUAUAAAAACAAUAAAUUAAUCAAUCAAAUAUAUAUAGUGGAUCCAAACUUUUUUUUUAAUAGAAAAAAUGGUUUGCAUUUACGUCUUAACCUCCAGCUACAUUUUUAUCCUUUU